AUGCAGCUGCUGUACAUGCUCGCCGCCUUUCUCCUGCCACUGGGCACAUCGGCUCAGGGAAGCCCAGAGAUGGACGCCUACUGGGACAUCAGCGACCUCAGCGCCGCAGCCGAGCCCCAUGGUAGCAGUGCCUACUUCGCCCUGACGCUGCACACGACCUCGGCGACCGCGCGCUGCGCCGGCACCGGCACCACGUACCAGGUGCUGGGCUCGCUGCCGCCGACCAACUGCACGCCGGCGCGCUUCUCCUUCUCGUGGACCGCGCUGCCGGGCGCCUUCCCCCUGUCGAGCGGCGGCGGCGGCGGCGGCGCCGUGCUGCGCAUUGCUGACGCCCGCCGACGCCAGCACGCCACGCGCCUCAUCCCCGCCGCCGAGAUCGUCUGGCGCAACGAGCGGCCCAACCCCAAUGGUCGCGUCCAGGUCUACGUCGGACCCCCGCGCUUCCGCGUCCCGGUCGUGGUGGCGGCGGCGGCCGGUGGGGAUGACGGUGGUGAGGAGGGCGCGGUGGGAGGGGUUUUGAGGAGGAUGGGGAGGGAGUGA